CCUCGCGGGGAGCCGGGGCCCGACCGCCGGGCGGAGGCGGGGAGUAGCUGCUUUAGAGGCGGAGGCUCGUGUGGAGGCGUCUCGGUGCUGUGAGAGGAGGCGAAAAGCUGCAGUGAAGGAGAGACCAGUUUCACCGUCACCGGGAAGAGCGCUCGGACGGGAUCGCAGAGUGGGCUGAGAUAGUGAAUUCCUAAGAAGAAAAUAAUGGAUUGCAUAUUAGUUGUUCUGUAAGUAUUUGGACUCAACCGUGUUUAGGUUUGUUGCAAAGACCAGAAGAAGAUGGCAACUCCUUAUGUCCCAGUUCCUAUGCCCAUAGGAAACUCUGCUUCCAGUUUUACAACCAACAGAAAUCAAAGAAGUUCUUCUUUUGGCAGUAUCUCAACAAGCUCAAACUCUUCCAAAGGCCAGUUAGAAGACUCAAAUAUGGGUAAUUGUAAACAGACAAGUGUUCCUGAUCAAAUGGAUAGUACUUCAUCUGUCUGUAGCAGCCCCCUCAUUAGGACUAAAUUUACAGGUGCAGAUUCUUCCAUUGAGUAUUCUGCUAGACCAAGAGAAACUGAGGAACAAAAUCCUGAAAUGGUGAAUUGGGAAGAUAGACCAUCUACACCUACUAUACUGGGUUAUGAGGUGAUGGAAGAAAGAGCUAAAUUUACUGUAUAUAAAAUACUAGUAAAGAAAACCCCAGAAGAAAGCUGGGUAGUUUUCAGAAGAUACACUGACUUCUCUAGGCUUAAUGACAAAUUAAAAGAGAUGUUUCCAGGCUUUCGAUUAGCACUUCCACCAAAACGCUGGUUUAAAGACAAUUACAAUGCCGACUUUUUAGAAGAUAGACAAUUAGGAUUACAAGCAUUUCUUCAAAAUUUAAUAGCUCACAAGGACAUUGCUAACUGCCUUGCAGUGAGAGAAUUUCUUUGUCUGGAUGAUCCACCAGGUCCAUUUGAUAGUCUAGAAGAAAGCAGGGCUUUCUGUGAAACUUUAGAAGAGACUAACUACCAUUUACAAAAAGAACUACUUGAAAAACAAAAAGAGGUAGAAUCACUGAAGAAACAGCUCAAUGAGAAGCAACUUCAUAUAGACACUUUAGAGAACAGAAUCAGAACACUGUCUUUAGAACCUGAAGGAUCACCAUGUAUGUCAGGAACAGAAGAAGGUGGACAGAUCCUAAAGGUGGAGUCCUCUGCACUUGAGGUUGAUCAGGAUGUCUUGGAUGAAGAAUCCAGAGCUGAUAAUAAACCAUGCUUAAGCUUUAGCGAAUCUGAAAAUACUAUAUCAGAGAUAGAAGUAGCAGAAGUGGCAUAUGAUGCUGAAGAAGACUAAUAAAUAUAUCAUAAGCAGUUCCCUCCAUUUUUAUGUUUCAGCAAAUUUACAAUAGAGUGGCAAAUACUGUUUAAAAAGAAAAAAAAGAACUGUAAAACAUUUACAGAAGAGAGCAAGAAUGCACAUGUAUAAAGUUUAUAUAAAGUUUUUUUAAGUUAUUGGGAUGAGAAAUAUAUUCACUGCUGCUUUUAAUUGUAUUUUUCCAACCUUGUAUUUAAUACUCUAAAAAAGAAUCUCAUUAGAAUUUUGUUAUCAAAGUCCAUGUUUAAAUACUGUGCAUAAAUUAUUAUGAUGUUUCGCCUGUAUAUUACUCAAAACUAAUGUGUGUAUGUUUUAAAUCACCAGUUAUAUUAAUGAAAUGGAAAUUAAUUGCAUGUUACUACGUUGGUGAUAUGUAUUUCUUUGUAUCUCUGACAUGUUACAUUUUCAUUAAUGGUUUAAAUCAGUGAAUAUCGUAGUAAAGAUAAAAAUGAGUUGAGUUUUAAAUGUUGGUAUGUUUACUGUCUUUAAAUAAAAAUUGCUUAUUUGAAAUGUUAAUGCUAUUUUAAAAAGAAGAUGACUUUCUAAUACCAAAGGAAAAGUAUUUAAAAGAGCUGUAAUCCUAUAGCUAAAGAGAUAAAAUAGCCUUGAUUUUAUACUAUAAGUGUCUCAGAUUAUUAGCAUGUUGUACGUGUUUAUUUUCCACAUAAUCUUUAUCUUAAAUCUAUACUGUAAAUUCAGUGAGUUUGCCGCUUUCAGAACACUACCUCUUGUUGCUAAUCAAGGCAAAUUCUUCUGAAAAUAUAGAUUCUAAUCAGAUAGGAAGAUAUAUAAAAAAGAAAACAAAAUAAAAAGCCAUAUAUACUGCAAAGUUUCUAACUAGCUUGACUCCUGGCAUUGCAUUUUUAUUUCUAUGUAUGUGAAGAUGUUGUUAUACUGUACUACGGCUGAUUUUCUUUUUAAUGUGUUUAGCCAAGUGAUGCACUUUAUGAUAAUUAAACUCUUUUGUGCCAAGUUUAAUUGGUGAAUUUCUUUAGUAAGUAGAGUUAGGAGAAAGAAUUAUGUAGUGCCUUUACUAUUUCACUUUUUACAAAAGUCUCCUAGGGUCUAGGAGAUAAAAAAAUGUUUAUGUUUAUUUCAGCUUUGUGUACAAUUAUUGGAAGUGCCUUGUUUCAUUUUUAUAGCGUGAAGUUACUCAUUUAUUUUUUAUUUCUACUGUUUUGCAUACUGCUGUUAAUAUGCAUUGUAAUCGUGCCAUCAGUUUGAAAUCCUAGUUGGUAUAUUGAACUGUAUAUGCUUUCUAAAAACUGAGGGAAAUUUUGGGGGGAAAUAGAAUAACAAUCUCCAUUUUUUUCUCUACUAUUAAUGUUUAGAAGUUUGUCAGUAUCUUGAUGUACAUAUUAAGAUGUGUCUGUUUGAAAUCCUACUGACACAGAUAAACACAUCUAAUGGCUAUUACCCUUUGAUCUAAAAAGGAAACUACUUUUUACCAAAGUGUGAAAAAUUUUAAAAGUCUUUGUCAAAAUGCACAAGUAUUCUGUGACUCGGAACAUUUUUCCACAGUGUGUUAGAAAUGUGUUUACUAUCGUUAGAGACAGAAAUAAAUAUAAUUAGUCUGCUUAUUCAUUUUAAAAUUAUCAUUCUAGACUUUUUAAAAGGCUUAAACAGAACAAUCAUUUAAUCAAUACCAUUUUGAGUCUAAUAAAACAAGAUGAUCUUUGCCAAAUUCUAGAUAUUAUAGUGCUGCCUGACUUUAAAGUGAACCAUACACUUUUAUAAUUUGGCUUUUCAGAAGAUUAUAUUUAAAAUUCUGAAUGGGUAAAGAAAAAAUUCUGUUAAUUAGGUAAAUCACUAUUUAUAUUUAGAAUUUACUUUUUUUUUACUUUUUUAAUGCAUUUUACUCCCAGUAUUAUAUUCAUUUAAUAAAUUAUUUUUUCAGUACAA